AUGGCAAAACUCCCCUUAGAUGAUCACCUUCAUCUCACCUCUGUCUGCCGGCACUAUCACCUCAUCACCAAGUCUCUCAACCUCUCUUCUCCUGCCCCAUCUUCUCCCUGGCUCAUCCUCCCCGGCCGGAGUUCCACCACCCUCAAAUUCCUCCCACAAACCAAAACCACCCCUUAUGAAGCCAUCAUCCCUUCCCCCUUCAUCCGCCGCCGUCUCUUCAUCGGUUCAUCCAAUGGCUGGCUGGUCACCGUCUCUUGCAACCCUUUUCUUGACCUUCACCUUCUCAACCCUCUCACUGGCACCCAACACUCUCUCCCUCCCAUCCACACUCUCCCUUUCAUUACCUCUUAUCCUAACAAAACCAACUCAUCAGUCAAGUACCAAAUCAACAAUCAAAAUAUCUGUGAUUAUAACUCCUUCAUGAACUAUUUCUUCACAAAAGCAGUCAUCUCCACCAAAGACUUCACUGUUGUCUUAGCCCACCGUUAUCACAACCGUUCCACUCUUUGCUACACUCGUCCAAACCUCUCCAAAUGGAUUUCUUUUGUCAUUCCCUAUAACCAUAUGUAUCGUGCCAUUGAUGUUAUCCAUGACAAUGGUUUGUUCUAUGCCCUCACUGACAGGGGAGAUAUCAUCAUCUGUGGCCCUUCUUCAAUCACAAGAGUACUGUCUUUACAAGAACCUCUAGGCAUGAUGGGUCCUUCUACUCAUUUUAUUGUUAGGUCUCUGGAUGGAGAUUUACUCAUGGUGGGGAGACUACGUCAACUCUCUGAUAAAGUUGACAUUCACCUCCAUGACUUCAGGACGUGUGACUUUGAGGUGUUUAGGAUUGAGAAUGAGAACAAUGAUCAGAUGUAUUGGAAACAGGUGGAUGAUCUGGGGGAGCAGAGCUUGUUUCUUGGGGACAAUGAAUCCAUGGUCUUUUCUGCUUUGAAGUAUCCAGAGCUUCAAAGGAACUGUAUUUACUUCACUGAAGGAAGAAAGUUCAUGAACCAGAGGUCAGCCAGUUGUAAGCAACCAGAACAAUGUGACAUGGGAGUGUACAAUCUUAGCGAUAGAAGUAUCAAGAAAUUGCUUUAUCCUUCUACUCUCACUUGGCCUCCUCCCAUUUGGUUCACUCCACACAUUGAGGGGAGUCAUUAA